GUUUAGCAUGUCUGUGUUCAAUGUGUUUAAAUGAAUCCUUUAGUCGUAUUUCUAUCUGGAUUUCUCGCCUGUACGUACAGUUUUGUACUUUUCUAUGUUAUUCUUGACGAAAAUAGAAGAGAUGGCAAACCUAUGUCUGUUUCAAAUUUGUUCUUAUAGUUCUCUCAUCAAAUGAGUCAGAACCAAGUUCAUCUGUCGCUGAGAAUAGAAGGGAAAACAAUGAAUCGGUUCAACCUUUGAUGUUGGCAUGCUCGUUUCAAGUUUCAAAUAUUGACUCAAGAGAACAAGAAGAAGCUCAGUUAAUGAGAACAAAGCACUUAAACAGAAAGCUCCAAGUCUCUUGCAAGUGUCUACCAAAACCGACGUCCUGUCGCGAUGUCGUCAGUUCAGAAGACCGCGUUGUGGUGACGUUAGCUUCCGGGCUAGAGGUCAUGUGUGACACGAAGACAGCUGGUGGUGGGUGGAUCAUUUAGAGAAGAUUUGACGGUAGUGUCAAUUUCUAUAGAGCCUGGAAGGAGUAUCGUGACGGCUUUGGAGAUUACAACAUUGGAGAGUUUUACCUGGGAAAUAGAAACAUUUUUGAUUUAACAUCGAAACGACGACAUGAACUAAGAGUCGACUUAGAAUUUAAAGGAUAUAAAUAUUUUGCCCAAUAUUCUACAUUUCAACUAUCGAAUGAAAAUGUCAAUUACCGACUUCACGUUUCCUCGUUUUCUGGAAAUGCCACCAAUGGUUUUCGGGAACAAAACGGUCUGGGCUUUAGCACUUAUGAUAGAGACAAUGAUCGUAAUAAUGCUAGUUGUGCAGUCAAAUACCAUGGGGCCUGGUGGUAUAAUAAUUGUCACCUAUCGAAUCUGAAUGGUCUUUGGGGAACCAAGGAGUUUGGUAAAGGUCUGGAGUGGUUUAAUCUUACCGGCGAAUACGACAGUGUUUCUUUCUCUGAAAUGAAAAUAAGAGAAGUCGUUUGAGAAUUGACACAUACAUACAUUUACAGAUAGAGAAGAUAGAUAUAUAGAUAGAUAGAGAGAUAGAGAGAGAGAGAGAGAGAGAGAGAGAGAGAUGAAUUGACCGGUAUAAAUUCCUGAUGUGCAUAGCUUCUCCUGAGUCUAAAUCGGAGCUGACUAUACAUCGACUAACAAAUUAAUUUCGGAGAGGCCAUAAUAUUUAAAAAAAAAAAUCUGUAGCUGUCUUGCUUUUUAGAUUUGUUAGUAUUUUACAUACCAUUUUCUUAUAAAAUGUUUUUUUUUUUCAAAUAAACAAAUGUUAUAAUAGUAUAUAUCUUUAAAAUAUGAUAUUUUUAAUGUUUGAAAAAUUCCGAUUAUUAGAAUUUAGAAAUGCGAGCUAAUGCUAGAAACUUAAGCAUUAUGUAUAUA